GACAUUUGCACAGAGUUUGCCGUCAAUGGAACUGGAAUUCCGGGAGUCGAUUUCGAUGUAGGCGAGUCGUACUCGGGCCUCCUGCCAAUCAGCAACAAGACCGACGAAAAAGACAACAUGUUCUUCUGGUUCUUCCCGACCGUCAAUGAAGAGCACAAGAAGGACAAGGAAAUCACCAUUUGGCUCAACGGAGGUCCCGGCUGCUCGUCUCUUCUCGGCUUGCUCCUCGAAAACGGUCCAUUUCUCUGGCAACCCGGCAAUCCCAAACCCCAGCGCAACCCCUGGAGCUGGCAUCUCCUCACCAAUGUCGUCUGGAUCGAGCAGCCUAUUGGCACUGGGUUUUCCCAAGGUGAACCCAGCAUCACCAAUGAGGACGAGCUCGCUAUUCAAUUCAUGGGUUUCUGGCGCAACUUCGUCGACCUCUUCGGAUUGCACGGCUGGCGAGUCAACAUCGCAGCCGAGUCGUAUGGCGGUUUUUACGGUCCUUACAUCUCGAGCCACUUUAUUGAUGCCAACGACACGGAUUAUUUCAAUUUGUCUGGCCUGCUAAUCUACGACGCAUCAAUAACUGAUGGAAACGUCCAAGUCGGCGUCCCCCAUCUGUCAUACCUCUCCCGCCACAAAGACGUUUUUGCCCUCGACGAUAAUUCCAUGUCUCUCAUCCAUAGUAUUUCAGAUGGUUGUGGCUACACCGAAUUCUAUGACAGGUAUCUCACUUUUCCUCCGUCAGGCACACAGCCUACCAUCUACCCCGGCACGAACCUUUUGCCCGAUGGGACUGCUGUCAACAACAUGACUUGCGGAUCGUUGUUCAAAAUUCUAGUCGAAAGUGCUGCCAUAGCAAACCCCUGCUUAAGCGUAUACAACAUCUUCGACCACUGUCCCAUGGUCUUUGAUCCAGUCGACGACCGUGACCCGUAUUUUAACCGUACCGACGUCAAGAAGGCCAUCCAUGCUCCCCCUUCAAUGGCAUGGACGAAAUGCAACGGCCCCGUCUUCAACACUCCCAAUAAUACCGACGGCUCCAUCUCCAUGCCAUCAAACCAAAAGCGUCUGCCACACGUCAUUGACACCACCCAGAAUGUCAUUAUUGCCCACGGCGACCUCGACGGGCUCUUUCCCACGGAUGGAGUCCUACUUGGCAUCCAAAACAUGACAUGGGGUGGUGAAUUGGGCUUCCAGUGCAAGCCCCAGGAUCCGUUUUACGUACCACUUUACGGUUUCGAUCCCCAAGCCGAACAACAGACGGGCUACGCUGCCAAUAUGCCGGCAGGGACGGGUGUUUUGGGGACAGUGCACGAGGAGCGAGGCCUCACGUUCGUGGUGACCAAGUUGGCAGGACAUCAGGGGCCUGGAUAUGCUCCUGCUGCGUCGUUUCGACAUCUAGAGAAGCUGCUGGGGAGGGUAGGCAGCUUGAGUGGUACCGAGCCGUUCACUUUGCCGGAGCUGAAGAACAUCGCGCAGCAUGAGGGGCCUCUCGGGAAGGGAACUGUAAUCAUUCCGUAA